AUGAAUUCACUUUGGGAGGAAAAGAAAGAUGAUCCUACAUUCGAAGUUCUGCAUAGCCCGGUUUCUACAAUUUAUUCAGUUGAAGAGAAAGACAAAUCUGCCAUCUUCAAAUAUUCAAACUUCUUUUCUGCCUAUGGCAAAAACUAUUAUGAAGAUCUUAAUAAAAGCCAAAAUUUAUUUGAAACUACAUUCAAAAAAGUGAUCAGAUUCUUAACUGGGAGAGGCGAAAAAAGCUUGAAAAUACUGUCUCCAAAGGAUCGAAAAAGGAAAUCCGCAAUCAAAGAUAUCAAUGAAAAUCAAAGUGAAGAUUUAGAUGAAAUUCUAGGCAACAGAAUCAAUAGCGAUAUCGUCAUAGCGAACGCGAAGGAAAAAGCAAACCAUGUUUCGGAAUCACAGAGGGGCUUUAUUCAAAACAAAGGCUACAUCGCCGAGCAGCAAGAAGAUUGUGUUUCGCUAGCUGAAUCUUGGUUUUCGCAUUCAUACUAUCCAAGCACACGUACCAGUAAGACAUCAAAUAUAAAAUCUGUUAGUUUCAAGGAUCCUAUAGUACAAUAUCUAGACAAAUUUUCUGAAGAGGACUUUUCGGAUGAUUCCUGUGAUUCCUGUGAUUCCUCCUUUGGAGGAGGUCCAACAUAUUUACUAUCAAGUCCAAAAUGUCGGAAAAAGGAAUAUAAAGGAGAACAGCUGUUCGAACUUCACAGCCCUCCUGCAACGCUAAAACAAGUUGGAGACGAUGAGACCUCCAUCUACUUCCAGAAAUAUCACUUAUUCAAGCAUAGAUUGGACGAAUUGGAUUCCCUGCUUAUCUUAAUAGAUAACUUUAGGCGCACACUUUCCAUUAAAUAA